CACGUGUGAUUACUGCGCGUGGAGCGGUUUGUAAACAGAGAUCGUAAAGCCGUAAAGCUAUAGUUUUGUUCGGUUCGGUCGUGAUAUCACCAUUAUUAGAUAGUAGAAUGUCUUCAGCGUGGAAGAAAUACGUCCUCUGGUUUGCCCAGGAACACGUAGACUUCCGGCAGGCAGAAAUUGCCUCGCUACUUCGGUUAUGGAACCUCAAAAUGAACACCGGUCCCGAUCAUAAACCGGAAAAUCCAUUCUGGAUAGUGGAACUGAACGGGGACGAGGCGGCCAAAAAACUGGCUUCCCGCUCGAUGUCGCUUCGCUGCAUCUUCGAACUUUGGACCCAUUCCAACCAUCUCAGCACGUUCCACGAACAGUUGAAAAGCUACAUCCAAACCAAUCGAACCGCGUUAAGUUCGGUGUUCGAUAAGGAUCGAAGCUUCAAAGUCACCGUAGAAACGUACAACAAGCAUUUCACGCAACCAGAAAAAGUGGCCAAGAUCGAAACGCUUCAGUAUCUCCCUGCGGAAGGCCCGGUCAAUCUAAAAACACCAGACGUGCAUUUUUGGUACAUCGAGUUCUGGGGCCUGGAUCCGAUGGACGUUCCGGAGCAACCGUUGGAUGUGCUGUUCGGCAAGUGGGUGGUGGAUGGUCGACGAGACAUGAUAAACGAGAUUUCGCUGAAAAAGCGGAAGUUCAUCGGGAACACUUCGAUGGAUCCGCAGCUGUCGCUGCUGAUGGCCAAUCAGGGACUGGCCAAGGCCGGCGACGUGGUGUACGAUCCUUUCGUGGGAUCCGGAUCGCUAUUGGUGGCUGCGGCCAAAUUCGGAGCGUACGUUCUGGGGACGGACAUCGACUACAUGACGGUUCACGGGAAAUCAAAGCCCACCAGAGUGAACCAAAAGGUUCGCGAAGCGGACGAGAACAUCUAUGCCAAUUUGAAGCAGUACGGGUGCGAGGGAAACUAUUUGGACGUCCUGGUUUCGGAUUUCUCGCGAAGUAUCUGGAAAAGUGACUUCCAGUUCGAUAGCAUAAUCACGGAUCCACCGUAUGGCAUUCGGGAAGCUACAGAGCGAAUUGAAUUCAAAACCCAGAAGAGGGCAACCUGUUUGAAUGAGGGCAGUGUUCACUAUCCAUCGACGUCACCAUAUCAGUUCGACCAGCUGUAUCGAGAUUUGAUGAACUUCUCGGCACGGUAUCUCAAGCUGGGAGGACGGUUAGUUUGCUGGUUCCCGAUUUUGAGGAAGGACUCCACACCGGACAUGCUUCCCCGGCACAAGUGUUUCCAGCUGGUUGCCAACUCGGAGCAACCGUUGACGGUGUACAGCGCCCGCCGCUUGCUGACCUACGAGAAGAUUUCCGACCGCGAAGAGGACAUGGAUUCCUACGAACUGUCGCAGGUAAUGAUCGAUAACUUCCGACAGCGGUACAUGAAAACAGUGCUGCAGAACAGCGGAACCCGCAAGGAGCGUCGAUUGGCGAUGCGAGACGUGGGGCGCGAAGAGGCAAUCAAACGGGGCAAGCAGCUGGACCCUAGCGAUGGCAAGUGGAAGUAUCCGAAAAGUCGAGAAGGCGGCGGUGGUGAUACGACCACGGAUAAAUAAAUGACCGAGAGGUUCGGUUCGAACAUUGAA